AUGAGCGUCAAAAUUCUGCGUUUGUGCUACAAUAACAUCAAAAGGAAAAGAAAGCAAGUUCUGUCGACUUUAUUCUUCUUUCUGUCAUUUACAGUUUGUUUUUACAUUGCUUUUCAACAGCCGAGGAAGUCCUUCAUUUUUAUUGAUGAUGUCAAUCGCUCUUCGGAAGAGUUGAUAACAACAUCAUUUUUUGAACCGAAGCAAGGAAAGGGUUUGCUCAGCGCUCAAAGCUACCAGCAAGAAACCUUUACUAAGGAAAAGGAUAUUUUUAUUGAUGAUAUAAAGAGCGUUAAAAAUUUAACUGGUUUGCUAUCACACGGAGACAGUGAUUUCGUAACCAAUAAUAUUAACUAUCCUUCAGGUGAACCUCCUCCAUUCCGCGCAGAAAACCAACCGGGCCAAGAUGGAAACAAAACGUUCUUAUUACGAGGACAUUUAAAUCUCCAUAUUUGGGAUGAUGUGUGUCACUUCCAAGUGGAAAGUUUGCGUGAAUUUAUCCUAUUCCCACAUGCUCCAUCGAAACGAAGGUUGUUGACUUCCUCUUCUUCGUACGGUGAAAACUUAAAAAACUUUGGGGAACGAAUGUUUGGCUUUAUUUCACCAUCUAUUAGCGGUAAGUAUUACUUCGCCAUUUCUUCGAGUGGAAAUUCGGAACUGUGGUUGAGCUCCGAUGAUUCUUCGGCAAAUCUUCGGAAAAUUGCUUUUCUCGGUUCUCGUGAAAAUCCUGGUCAAGGACAACCUGGAAAUUAUUCCCAAAACGCGACACAAGUUUCUACAGCUUUCUACUUGACAAAAAAUAGGAAAUAUCUUAUCAACGUACUUCACAAACAUCAUUCUGGCAGAGUUCAUCUGUUGGUGACUUGGAGAUUGGAGGGUGACACGGUAUUCGGUAUUGUGACCAGUGAAUAUCUGUGGGCUGCUAUGAAUGACAGUCACGUGCCUGAUAACGCUGUUGGAUUGUCUGAUUACCAAGAAGGGUCACAACAAUCACGUGACUUCAUUCUACCUUUUGUUAUUUGGGAAGAUAUGAAGGUUGUGUUGCCUGAGUGUUUGUAUGAACCAAGUUAUUUGGUCAAACAUAAACUGAUUCGAUUCCAGGUGAGUUAUAAACAACAAAUGGCCUACAAAAUAGUGAAGCCUUGACACAAUCACAAUUUCCUGAAAAUAUGUCCUUGGCAACUUAUCUAGACCAGCAAACGUUGUUCUUACUUGUUCAAGUGGCCGACAACAAUGUCAGGUUUUGCAAAAGGCUUCACUGCUGAGGAAAAAAAUCGAGAGAAACCUUUUCCCGAAAGAGCAUACAUAGAACCAGCUUAAAAAGUUCAAGUCAGAUUUUAAAAAUGUUAGGUACGAUGUGUUUUUGUUUUUUUUCCUUACAGGGUGCUCGAAAUAAAAGUAACACACAUUUUGCCUCAGUUUAUCCUCCGGAUACCACUAAUAACUCUCUCGCAUUAAUGGAAAAUGAAGAUAUCUGGUGGCAGGAAAAUGCAGCUGGCAAUCUUCUAACAAAUCCGAACAAGGCUCAGGGUGUGGCCCAUAUGUUCAUGGAUGCUUUAGAAAGAAAAUAUCCUCAGUAAGUCAAAGUUGCAGUAUAUGGGCUCAAGCUCAUAAGCUUUAAAUGCUGAGUACCUCUAAGGGUUUGCGAUGAUAAAAUAUGUUCUUAUAGUAGCUAUGUCAUCAUAGCAAGCUUAAAGAAAAGUUUUCUGUUGUUAAAUAUUUGCUUAACUUUCCUGCGCCGCUUUUCAGUUUAAUGGAUUGAAUAGUAAGGUUAUUGGCUAAUAUUGUUAUUGUUGAGUGAAUUCAGCAUCUAAAGGCUAAACUGCCAGUUUCCAAUAUAAAAAAGAAAGCAGUGUCCAAGUCAUUUAUUAGCUUCCAAAAAGAUCCCUUAAUGACACACAUUGAAGAUCUUUAUUUGUUUAACAACUUCUCGUAUUCUGAAUGAGCAUGUCAAUAUUAUGCUAAUCCCUCAAAGACUACCACUUACACAGCUUGCGUGUCAUAAUCAGCUAAGAAAGCAUUUUGUCUUCUAGUCAGGCCUUACUAAAGGCUUGUGUAUGUAACAUUAUCUUCUUAUAGGCAUUACGCAUUUCAGGAAAUAGUUUCAGUUGAGCACGUACUCGACCCUCAGAAAGGCGAUCGCUUCCUUCUAGAAUUACGCUUAACUGAUAGACAAAAUCGGGGGAGCGUGCUGUUCUCCGAAUACGUGUACAAGCCCCUUGAAGGAGACAGUUUGUGUUAUCCUGCAGGAUUCCGCUGGAAGAAAAAUGCUAUUGUGAAUGUUAUAGUUCCUGUGAGAAAAUCUGGUCGCUGGGCACUUUAUUUUAUAAAGAACAUUGCAGGUAUUUUUAGACUGAGGCUAUAUCGGCAUACCUUUAUAAACAUCCGGCGUAGGAUGUCGGGUAAUGAGGGAGGCAGUGUUCCUGAAAGGCUAGGAACUAUGGUCUACUUUAUGCGAUCUGUUGCUGUAUAGAGAUGCUGAAAAGUUGAACUUAUCUAAUACUUUAUUGAGUGAAAUUAUUGAAAAGAGUGCAGAUCAAAAUGAGCGUACUGCGCCGCGCACUGGAUCUUUCGCUUCCUUUUGGCCUGAGCCCGUGUACUUUUUUAAAAUUGAAUUUACUUAAAUUUCAUCAUCAUAGUCAUGGAGCUUGUAAGUAAUUCUCUCUUGUUUUAACUCAUUCAGUCCCAGCACAUGUAAUGGUUAAGAGUUACAAAAAUGUUUUAGUAAAUUUAGUCAGCCCCAGCCAAUCAAUGUCAAUCGCGUUUUUCGGUAAAAUGUGAGUUUCUUAUUCUGACUCUAAAAAAAAGACGGGAAAAGUUUUUAUUGUAGAAUCUUUUUUGUGAUUUUCUCUUGCGCGCUAGUAUAUUGCAUUUCAGGCUAUUUAAGUUAAGACAAGGUUUUCGCAUUUUUCAAAACUUAGUCAGUGGUCAUGUGGUACAAUACUUAUUUACUGCAGGAGUGGGAGGACGGAACGGAAAAAAUAAACAAUACAAUACAAUACUUUAUUGACAACUUCCCAUGGAGGUUUUUCAGUGACAAAGUUUUGGCUCUCUCUCUCUCUCUCUCUCUCUCUCUCUCUCUCUCUCUCUCUCUCUCUCUGUCAUAUUUUCUCGUGCGGCCUCCCCCCCUCCCACUCAGUCAGUAGGUACAUAUUCUUCCCUUAUUACUGUUUACAGAAGUAGUUCGUCAAACUCAGGACUUCAACAUACACGUCAUCAUCGUUGACUAUGAGAGCAAGGACAUCGACAUAGAAGCCGUGCUAAAAAGGAGUUCUAUUCAGUGGUACUCGCUGGUGAAGAUAUCUGGGGACCAGGACUUCCAGAGAGCCUUGGCCCUUCAGCGUGGAGCUGAGGCUGUAAAGGAUCCUCAUAGCAUACUCUUCAUGUGCGACCUUCACUUAAAGAUCCCUUCACAUCUGAUUACCACCAUCCGCAAGGUACAUUGGUUUUAGAGAGUUGCCUAAUGGGAAUCAGUGAGAUUUUACAACUUAACUUCGAUUGCUCGUAGUCAAACACUUAACAUCAGUAUUACUUAAUUUUUUAGCACUGCGUAGAAGGGAAAAUGGCUUUCGCACCAGUAGUGAAAAGACUUCGUUGUGGUUACUAUCCUGAGCUUCCAUUUGGUUACUGGGAAACACUUGGAUUUGGUCUACUUGCAAUUUAUAAGUCUGACUUUGAUCACGUGGGAGGAAUGAACGUACAGGAGUUUACUGGAUGGGGAGGGGAGGACUGGGAACUACUGGACAGGAUCCUUAUGUCCGGGAUAGAGGUGGAGCGACUCAAAAUCCCGCAUUUCUAUCAUUUUUACCAUCCAUCUGUUGGUGGCAAUCAAAGGGUAGGAGCGUGA